AUGUAUUUUUGGCUCACGCCAAUCUUGGUUUUCGCCCUCUUAGGGCUGUUGGUACGACUUUACAUUAUUUAUACCCACUUAAAUGGAUUUCCUGUACCACCCUUUGUGCCAAUUCUAGGACAUUUACAUUAUUAUUUGGAUCCUCACAAUUCUUUGUCGUAUCUUACUAGCAACUUGAUAAAACAUGGAGGCGUAAUUAGGCAGUUUAUAGGGCCUAGAAAACCAAGUUUAGCUAUAGGGAAUAAAGAGUUUUUACAGUUUAUGUGCACUAAUAAUAAAUACGUUUGUAAGGCAAAGUAUUAUGAUUUUAUGAAAUCUUGGCUUGGAGAGGGACUCAUUACAAGUGAUGGCCCAAAAUGGUUGGCAAGACGUAAAGCCUUGACGGCUAGUUUUACUCAAACCUCUGUACUUAAAUCAUUUGUUCAAACUUUUGAGGAAAAAGGGGACAUUUUGGUUACAAUUUUGGGCAAAUUGCAAAACCGCAAUAUCAAUAUUCAUCCUAUAAUGAAACGAUUCACUUUGGACAUUAUUUAUGAAACAGCAAUGGGUCUAAAGCUUGAUUCACAAUCGACAACAAAAGAUUCAGCUUACGCCAAAGCAAUAGAAACCAUUUGCACAUCGAUUCAAGAACGAAUGUUUUCCUAUUUGAAACAAUUUCAGUUUUUUUAUCAAUUCACUGAAACUUGUGAAAAAGAAAGACGCGGCUUGGCAAUUGUAGACUGGGCCUUACAUAAGAUAAUUGAAAAAAAACGCGAAAGCAAAGAAAAAACCGAUCAACACAAAAGCAUGUUGGAUUUGUUGCUAGAAAUCGAUAUCGAUGGCAAAGUUUUAAGUAUCGACGAUAUACGAGAGGAAAUUAAUACGUUUUUGUUUGCAGGUUACGACACGAGUAGUUCAGCAAUGUCGUUGGCUCUUUAUCAAAUUGCUCAAAAUCCUGAAAUUCAAGAGAAACUUUAUCAAGAGCAACUAGAUAUUUUUAAAGAUGAGCUUAAGCCUCAAGUGACUUAUGAUAAGUUGCAAGAGAUGGUUUAUUUGGAGAUGGUUAUCAAAGAGACUUUGAGGAUGCACACUAUUGUGCCUUGUAUUGGGAAAAAGAUUACUAAGGAUUUGAUUUAUGAUGGAAAACUCCUACCGGAAAACCUCAACUUCAACGUUUGCAUCCACGCUUUCCACCACAAUCCCGCCUACUUUCCAGAACCGGAAAAAUUUCUACCAGAACGUUUUGCUAACAAAACCAACAUCAAAAAGUUCACUUACAUGCCUUUCGGCGUCAAACCUCGCCAAUGUUUAGGCAAAAACUUUGCAAUGCUAGAAAUGAAAUCCGCCCUUUCCAAACUUGUAAGGAAUUUUACUUUUACCCAAGUACCAGGGCAUCAGUUGAAACUAGUACCCAAACUGGUACUGUUUUCCACUAGCGGAAUUGGAGUGAGGUUGAAAAAAAGGCACAUAUUGAAAAUGUAAUAUAGAAUUAUA